AUGGCCUCCGAGACAUCGGCGGUGUUUGUGACGGUGCGUGUGCGGCCGCUUAACGUACGCGAGUCGCCGCUUGAAUGUGCGGUGACCGUCCUCGAUGAUCACACCAUCACGCUGAUAGAUCUUAGUACCACGACGAUGGGUGUCAGUAACAGCAUCAGCGGCCAGCAGCAUGUCUUUACAUUUGAUAAAAUCUUCUGGAGUGUGCCGCCCGAUGUCUUGCCUUUCUGCCCUUCAGCGGCGACUCCACCAACGCCGUCGCCGCGUGUCUCAUUUAUAGAGGGCAUGGCACAAACUGUUGCCUUCCGUAGUGCGUCCUUUGCGUCUACUGGGCCUCUUGUAUGCACCAGGAGCAACACCCUUGUCAGUAAUCUUUCGGACACGUCCUCUGCCACAACGUUGCGGGUGCCCUUCAGCGGAUUGCCUUGUUUUGCUCGUGUGCCGGAGUAUGAUGACCAGGAAUCCGUCUACGGAUCUAUUGGUCCGCGUUUGUAUGAGGCGGUCAUGACCGGGUACAACGCAUGCCUUUUUGCUUAUGGACAGACGGGCAGUGGAAAGACGUACAGUUUGCUUGGUCCGCCCGAGGAUCACUCGCUGCGUUCCGAAGAACGCGGUAUCAUGCCACGCCUCUGCAACGAUCUUUUUGAGUUGAUGCGAAAGGAGCGUGAGGAAGAUGAAUCCGUCACGUAUAAUGUGGAGUGCUGUUUCUUAGAGAUUUACUGUGAACGGGUCCACGACUUACUUUUCCACAGCACUGGUGGGGGAGAUAAUGGCUCGCGUAGAGACUCAGUAACCGCGGGUGGUGCUGGGGCGGGCCAUUUGCCAUCGUCGUCAUCAUCGUUGCAGCCGUCAUUACGUGUCCGGCAGCACCCGGCACGUGGGCCAUACGUGGAGGGCCUCUCGCUCGUAAAGGUUCGGGAUGCAGAGGGUGUUAUGAAACAACUUUUGACCGGCCUGCGUGAACGCGCGACGUCAGCGACAAGAAUGAACGAGCACAGCAGUCGCAGCCACGCAAUCCUGCAGCUGCACAUCACGCGUGUGACAGUAGUGAGAGAAGAAGCCGCCGUGGUGACAAAGACGCGGGUCUGUAAAGUUAACAUGGUUGAUCUUGCGGGGAGUGAGCGGGUGGCGCAGUCUGGUGCCACAGGUGAUCGGUUUGAGGAGGCUCGUAAUAUCAACUUGUCUCUAACCACGCUUGGGCGGGUGAUUCUACAGUUAUCGGAAAAGCAAUCAGGGAAACGUGUCAUUCCCGCGUACCGCGACAGUGUGCUCACCUGGCUGCUCUCCGACAGCUUGGGUGGAAACAGUAAAACGAUGAUGCUUGCCACCAUUGCGCCCUCCUCCUACUGCUACCAGCAGACGCUCAACACGCUUCGCUUUGCGGGAGUGACAAAGAAGGUGAUUAACGUCGCCACCGUCAACGAAGACAGCCACUUCCAGAAGCUGAUUGCGGCACUGCGGCAGCAAAUUGUGAGGUUGACGCUUCAGCUGGAGGAGGGGAAGGCGGCGGAAGUUCACCAUGAGGAAAUUCAAGCGAUCCGUCGCGAAAGGGAUGAACUUGAAUCCCAGCUGGUCUCCAUGCGGACGACAAUGUUGACGAUGGUGCCAGCAACGGAGCUGACGGUGCUUAAGCGACGCGUCGCGGACCUUGACGAGGCCAACGCGCAGCUCCACAAGGAGAAGAGUGAAGUGCAACGGAAACUUAUUUCCUCCACAACGGCGCUUCGUGAAGAGUUGGCCCAACAGCGUGCGGAAAUUAUGAGCCUGCACGAGGCGCUUCUACGGAAAGGUGGCGAGCUGGAAGAGUGGAAAAGGAGUUACCGCGAGGAUUUGGUGGGGCACGGCCAGUCACAGCCAAAACUGCAACAACAACUGCAGCAGCAAUAUGUGGAGAGUGUCUCUUCGGGUGAUACGAAAGCGGGGCCUGAACCGGAGCACUCAUCGGCCGCGGCUUGGCAUCAGGGCAUUAGUUUCAAUGGCGCGGAGUCGCCGCCGCCGCUUGUGGUUGCAGCGCGGUCACUUCAUCGUGGGGAGGCGUUGGAGCGUCGCGUUGGUGUACUCACGAAGGAGGUAAAGGCGGAACGCCAGCGAGCUGAUGAGGCGGAGCGGGCACGGAAGGGUUUGCAGGAAAAAUUUAGGAAGUUGCAGCAGGAAUUAGACGCCGCGGCACGUUCGUUAGAUGAGACGCAGCAGCGCCUUGCGGAGAAGGCGCACUUGCUUGAUGUGACGCAAUCUGAAUUAGCCGCAGCGAGGACGAUGCUGCGUGUGGAGCGCACUUCCAAGUCGACUGCGGAGCGGGAGAGCCAACUUGUCGCGCAACUUGAGCAGGCCCGCUCCGAGUACUUAAAUGAGAAAAAGACGAACGUCGACUUGCUGAUGCGUGUGUCAAAGGUUGAACAGCAUGACUUGAAGCUGAAAAAGGAUCUGGCGGCAAAGACACAAGACGUUCAUGAGCUCGAACAACUUCUUCUUGAGGAGACGGAGACGUCUGAGCGGUAUUACCUUCGGCUGCGCUAUUAUCGUGAUGCCUUCGGUAUCUCAAUAUCGCAUUUACGCAGGUUGUUUGCCGCGCAUAAAAAACAGGUCGCCACACUCCGAGGCGGCUUGGAAAGUGGUGGGGGUGGCUGCGCUGGUGAAGUUGGUCGCGUCGAUAUGGCGGGUCUUACGUGGGAAGCGGCGGCAUGCGAGUGUGCACACAGUGAGGCGUAUGGUCGUGCACUGCUUGAGCAGGAGUGUCUUAGCGCCACGUUAGAGCUUCUCGGUCAAAAAACUCUUAUGUAUGAGCUCGUCACUGGGGCAGCAAACGAUGAGCUUCUGACGCUGCGUGCGAUGUCCGCGGAAGACGCGGAGGAGCCACAACGACUACGGUGCAAAGUCGCGGCGUUGGAGUCCAUCAUUGAAAAGACGACCGAGGAGAGGCUUCAGUGGCAGGCAACACUUCAAACCAGCGAGAGCACGCGCAAAUGCCUCUCACGGCAGGUGGAGGACCUGACAGAUCAAGUGGAGCAGCUGCAGCAGAGUAAUAAUGCGCUCAUUGCAAAGGUUGUGGAGGCGCAGUCGUCGGAUGAGCUUCACGCACGCGGCGUGGCGAGCAGCGACGGCGAUCAGCCGCCUUACGAGGAAGAACAACAGGAAACAGAAGAAGUGGAAACACAAUCCAUUCAAGGGAAGCAACAAAAGCGACAGCAGAUUCUGCUGCGACAGCGUCUAGAGAAGCAGCUGGCCCAGUAUCAAGAGGAGAUGGGGCUGCUGCACGCGCAGCUGGAGAAGGAAAGAAACGAUAAGGCGGAGAGAUCCCGCUGCAUGCAGCGGGAGAAGGAAGGAUUUGCGCAGGAGUUAAAGCGUGUACGGAGUGAGUGCAAUGCGUCGAUAAAGGAAAGCACACAAAUUGUGAAGGACUACGAAGCACGUCUAAAUGAAUUACAUGAGAUGAUUACUACGCUGCGCGCGGCGCUCGAGGAAGAAUGCAACAAUGCCGACAAGGCAAGGGAUGGGAUGAUACGGGCGGAUCUAGCGAAACGGGAAAUGAUGGAAGAACUGCGCUGCGUGACAGCCUCGCGGGAUGCGCUUUUGAUACGCUGCGAUGACGCCGAGCGACGCUUUAAUGAUUUGCAUCGUCAUGUACAGGAGCUACAGAUGGCUUAUUACGAGCUGGAGAGGCAGCUCUCUGGGAUAACGCCUUCCACCGCUGAUGUUUACCUCACCAUUGACCGCGGGGACAAUGGUGCCGGCGACGGGGAGGACAGUUGGAUGUUGAAGGCGCAGCGCGAGAAGGAGGUGCUGGAGCGACAGAAGCGGAGUGUGCAGCGCCUCAAUGAGGAACUGCUGGCGACGGUGCGACAGCGCAAUGAGUCCUUGCGGGCGGUGUUCCGAGAAAUUACAAAAAUACAGCGCGGCGGUGUGUCGCCGGACAUGACGGAAUUGAUAGCUGCUAAUGACAAUAGCCCGCUUUCGCAGCAGUUAAAGGACCAGUAG